AUGGCCAGCCAAAGUUUAUCUUUUGGAGAUCGAUUUGCAAGAAAGAUUCAACUUGAAUACCCAAAAGAACUUAUAAAUGAGUUAAGAGAAAUGGUAGCUAUAAAGAGUCCCUGUUUUAUCUAUGGUGAAUGUGGAAAGACUGUACUCAUCAAAAGCUGCUUUCCCGACGUUAAAGUUUAUGAUACCAGAGAAAUUCUAGAAACAAAGAAUAUUAGCGGAUUUUAUUCAAUUAGAAAUAACACCCUUGAAUACACUAAUGGCAUACUUAUUGAAGCUAUGCUUAAAGGGUAUAAAAUAUGUUUUAAGAACAUUGAUGCUAAUCUGAGUCUUUUACAAUACCUGAAACCGGUUAUAAGGAAUCGAAAAAUUGUAAAUUCGUUCGGAGAUGAUAUAUUUGCUAGUGAUGAUUUUAGAAUAUUCUUUACUUGUAAAGAACCACUUAAGGUAAAGAAUGUCAUCUUUAUUGGACCAAUCCGAUUUACUCUUGAAUCUACACUUGCUCUAUUUAAGGAUAUUUCUUGUAGUUUUGAGGUCCAUAAACCGCUUAGCUCUAUACUUCUCAACGUUCUUGAUUUUAUGCUAAAGAAUCGGAAUGAAAGAUGUCCAAGAAAUGAUGGGUUAGCGUGCAGUCAAAUAUGUUUGAAGGAUGAGCUUAAAUGUGACUGUCUCAAUAAUAAAACUAACUAUCUAUGUAGUAAGCAUUUUAGAAAGAUGCACGAAUUGAGUGAUAUUCUUCAUUUAGAAUAUGAAAAUGGAAAUGCGUUUCGUCUGGUUUGUAUCAGGGAAUGGUAA